UUUCUAGACAUUUUUGUUGCGUUUUACGUGAUUUUUCUUUGUGUUUGUUUAAUUUAAAGCAAUGGUCAACAACACAAAAUGGGCAAAACGCUCUCUGGAACUGACUUAUCCAAAAGAACCUCCGUUCAAAAACGUUAGGGAAUAUCUCCUCUCGAAAAAAAGUUUCGAAGACGCACGUCAUUUUCACAGUUACCAGUGGGACAAACCAGGCCACCAGCCAAUUUUCCAUCUUGUGGCUGGUCAGCGCAUCCUGGAGGACACCACAAGGCAAUUGGAGGAAAAAAGGGAAUGGGCUAAAAGGGAAAGGGUCAAGUUACAGUCGCAAUGGGACGAUUUGUACGACAAACAAUUAAAGUUUAAAGAGACUUUUCAGACUCUAAGUUCGUUUGUCAAAUCCAAUCAAGACAAGAGGCUAAGGGCGCAAAAUAGCCUGAACGAAGAUUACAAAUUAAGAAUGAAAAGGACACAAGAGAUUGAAACUUUGCAAAAAUUGAUUAACGUUGUGGUUGAGUCUAAGAAGGAAAUGGAGGCUAAUAUUGCAGAGUUAAAAAUGUACGAGCUCUAUCUCAAUCAAGUGGUCAGUGCUUCCGAAGAUUUCAAAAACGCCGACGAUUUAAUCUCCCGUUACGAAUCCCUCGUUAGCACUCGAAACCUUUUAGCCAAACGCCAAGACGAAAAUCUCAAAGAGCUCGAAACAGCUCGGGCCAAAAUUGCCAAAAUGGUCGAAGACAACUCGUUCAAAAUCCUGGGCUUGAACACAGCUCUCGCUUCGCUCAACUCUCGCUACAACACUGCGUUUCGUGAAGCUGUCCAUUGGGAAAAUAUAGUUUUGGCCAUAAAAAGUCACUCGUUUCAGAGGUUUCAGGAAUUGGCCGAGGUUAAGCAAAGUUGUUGGAACACUUAUUUGCUGAUGUGUCAACGAAAGAGCGAAACGCCCAAACUUGAGGAAGGUGAUUUUGAGAAACAGUUGAUUUUUAUUCAGAAGACGUUGCAAGAGGUGGGGACUGUGAAAGAGUUGGCUAAAAGGGAGUCGAAGGUGAUUGGGAGGAUGAGGCCGAGUCGAACAUGAUGUCUGAUGUGUAUUUUAUGUUUAUUUCUAAUUAUUGUUUAAAUAAAGGUUAUUUAAUUUG